UGUUCGUGAGAGCUGGUCCUUUUCUCUUUUCUCUGCGGGUGUGAAAUCGAGGAGCUUUGUGUUAACAUUGCAACUCCCCAUUUCGUUUCCUUUUUUUCAAAUGCAGAUUGGGUUGUUACUAUACCAGGGAGGUGUGGGUGCGAGUGUGUGUUGUGCAGGGUGACAUUCCCCCAGUCCGGGGAUCUCUGGUUUGUUUUUGUCAGGACUUGGAGGUAGAAAUAUAUUUGAAGCACUUGACUCAACUUUUUUUUUUUUUUUCAAUCUGUGUGGUUGAGAGUCUGAGCCAAGGGGCUCUUGUUGCAAUGCGAUUCAAUGUUUUCAAAAUCUGGAAUUGAUUUUCAUGGGGAGUAUCCCUUUCCUUCGCUCCAACCUAUGGAUUAUUUCAAGCUUUCUUACUCGGCUUGAAGGCAGGAACAGAUCGCACUUUCUCACCUUAUUGCGCUCUGCCCCUCUAGAAUUUCGUUCUCUCCUUAUGCAAGACAGACAGUGGGAGAUUUUGUACCAGUGCCUGACCAGGGAAGUUGCCGUUUAAGGUGCGCUUUGAGAAGGAUACAAAGUCAAGACAACAAGCAGCGUGUUUUGAUUUUAUUUAUUUAUCAAUUUAUUUAAUUGUUUAAAAUUUGUUUUUAAAAAGUUGGGGAUUUUAAUCGUCGGAGCGUUGCAUUUUUUUUUUUUGUUUUAAGGGUCCCCGUCCCCUGUCCCAGUCCCCUCACAGAUUUGGCUUUUCCUCCUUUUGUUUCCUUCUUCUGGUGGAGCUGCUGUCUUGUGAUCUUGGGGUUUGAGGAACACCCAAACAACCCCCGGGAUGAGCCGAGCCUGGAGGUUGCCCCUGAGUGUGUGCUUGCUGGCCACAGUGGCCCAAGCCCUCAACCCCUUCGCGGUGCAGCAGAGCCAGCCAGACCCCUGCUACGAGGAGAACGGAACUGCCCGGCGAUGCAUCCCAGAAUUCAUCAACGCUGCUUUUGGGAAGGAAGUCCAGGUAUCCAGUACCUGCGGCCGCCCAGCCUCUCGCUCCUGCAGCAUCACAGAGCGAGAAGAGCGCCCGGCGGUCCGGUCCUGCCAGGUAUGCGAUGCCUCGGAUCCCAGGAGAGCCCACCCUGCCUCCUACCUCACAGAUCUCAACUCCGCCCACAACCUAACCUGCUGGCAAUCUGAGAACUUCCACCACUCGCCACACAAUGUCACCUUGACCCUGUCUUUGGGAAAGAAAUUCGAGAUCACUUACGUCAGCCUCCAAUUCUGUUCCCCUCGCCCUGAAUCCUUAGCCAUCUAUAAAAGCAUGGAUUACGGCCGAAACUGGACUCCUUAUCAGUUCUACUCUUCUCAGUGCCGGAAAAUGUAUAACCGUCCUAACAAGGCAGCGAUUACCAAACAGAAUGAGCAGGAGGCACUCUGUACAGAUGGGCACACUGAUCUCUACCCACUUUCCGGUGGGCUGAUUGCAUUUAGCACCCUUGACGGUCGCCCAUCCGGUAAGGAUUUCGACAACAGCCCUGUGCUACAAGACUGGGUGACGGUGACGGACAUCCGAGUGGUGUUUAGCCGGCCACACUUCCCUCGGGAGCCGGGCGGAGGAGGGGGAGGGAAGGACGAGGACACAGCAGCCGGAUCCUAUUUCUACGCAGUUGGAGAGUUCCAGGUGGGCGGCCGCUGCAAAUGCAAUGGGCACGCCGCCCGCUGUAUGAAAGAGAAGGAAGGGAAGCUGGUGUGCGACUGCAAGCACAACACGGAGGGACCCGAAUGCGAUCGCUGCAAACCAUUCCACUACGACCGGCCCUGGCAGAGAGCCAGCAACCGCGAGACCAACGAGUGUCUGGCCUGUAACUGCAACCUGCAUGCACGUCGCUGCAGAUUCAACAUGGAGCUGUACAAGCUGUCCGGCCGCAAGAGCGGGGGGGUCUGUCUCAACUGCCGGCACAAUACAGCGGGGCGCCACUGCCACUACUGCAAGGAAGGCUUCUACCGAGACCUUACCAAAGCCAUUACUCACAGGAAGGCUUGUAAAGCUUGUGACUGCCACCCGGUGGGUGCCGCUGGAAAGACAUGCAAUCAGACAACGGGCCAGUGCCCCUGCAAGGAUGGUGUGACAGGCAUCACCUGCAACCGCUGUGCCAAGGGAUACCAGCAAAGUCGCUCGCCAGUGGCACCCUGCAUCAGUUUCCAAGGUGAUCUGAGGAAUGAGAUCCCAGUGGUCAGUAGCACUGAAGCUGUGGUCAGCAGUACAGAGGAGCCUGCAGAUUGUGAGUCGUAUUGCAAACCAGUCAAGGGAAACCUGAAGAUCAACAUGAAGAAAUACUGCAAGAAGGAUUAUGCUGUGCAGGUGAACGUUCUCGACAUGGAGACUGUAGGAGACUGGGCUAAGUUUUCCGUGAACGUGGUCACUGUCUACAAGAGCCGAGGAGACCCAAUCAAGCGAGGCGACCACUUCCUGUGGAUCCACAUGAAGGACCUGGCCUGCAAGUGCCCCAAGAUCCAGAUGAGCAAGCGCUUCCUGGUCAUGGGAGCCACCGAGGGGCCAUCGGAGCGAGCCGGGCUGCUGGCAGACAAGAACAGCCUGGUGAUCCAGUGGAGGGACGUCUGGACGCGGAGACUGCGCAAGUUCCAGCGCAAAGAGAAGAAAGGCAAAUGCGACAAGGCGUGAUGAAGCCCUUACUUCCAUCCCUCCUGCGGAAAUAUUAAGGACAAAGAUUGACUGCAUGUCGCUUGCCUUUAAGGACCACUGUGUAUAUUGUAUCAUUUUACGUGUGUUUUUUAAAUUUUUUUUUUUUAAUUUUUGUUAUUAUUAUUUUCUUUUUUUUUUUUAUUGUCGGUUUUUGAAUUGGUCUGCCUUGAAAAGGGACCUUUUAAAAACGUUCUCAAUCCUCCUAUUGAACGACAUAAGAAAUCUAAACGUUUCUGCACCGUUUGCUUUUCUGUCAGCGUUUGGACUGGACUGUUUUUACGAGGACGAUUGGCUUCCAAAGAGGCAUCAACUGUGUUACCCAGAGAGGGGUGAGGAUUCCUAAUAGUAAACAUAGAAGCAGAAGCUCCCCCCCUCCACCCUAGAAGUAUCUGAGGAAGGUCUUAUUGUAUGUGAAACAUUAGCCAAAAUAAUAUGCCUUUACUGCUCCUAAUGGGUUUUUAAACACAAAUCUAAGGAGCAAGAAGUACAAACAUGAAAAUCCAAAUGGCUUUUUCAAUAACUUCAAUUUCUAUACAGGCUUUUUUUGAAUGUCACUUGAAAUGGAUUCAGUAAUAACACUGACAGUAAUCAGAGUUAGCUUCAUCAGCAGUUAAUCAAUACCCACCAAUAAAGUAAGCAUUACAGCACAAAUAAGGUACUGAUAUACUUUUUGCUGCAGGUAUUGCAUUGAUUACAGCGGUGUUCAUUAACUCAAUAUUCAGCAAACAUGCACAUUGCAAUGUUCUGUAUUCCAUGUUGUCAUUUCGUACUAUACAUGUUGGAACAUUCCAAUACUUUGCAGCAACUUACAUGUAAAACUUUGAAUCUUUAUCUUUUUAUUUCCCAACGUGAUAUUAAGUGGGGUGGAAAUAGAUCAAUGGGAUACUACUUACUACUUAAUCUACGUUACAUAAUAUUUAUUCUUCAACGUUAUUAAAGACGUCUGCAGUGCUUCACUGCACUGUGGGUUUUGAAUUACUGUCCAACCACAUCAUAAAGAUGAAGGGAAGAAAGAAAAAGCCAUUAAAAUGAAACUUCUGCAUUUCCUGCUCUUUAAAUAUCAGUUACUGUGCAGUA